AUGAUAACUGAUCCCAAGACAGAGACAGACAGUCUGUGUGUGUUUUGGUGCUUCUCAGUGCGGAAGAAGGCGAAGAUGUAUUGUCUUCAGUGGUUAAUACCGGUGCUGUUGAUCCCGAAGCCGAUGAACGCAACUCUGGUGCAGAACCACGUGAUGCUUGUGGUGCUGUAUCUGAUCGGCUAUGUCUUGGAGCGCAAGCCGUGUACCAUCUGUUCCCUAGUGUUCGCUGUGGCCGUAUUCCUCCUCUGCUUCAGUGGUCUCGGAAACUGUAUCUUCUCGUUGUUUGUCUCCAAUUGUGAGCACAACUACUCUUCGGACACUCAAUGCAACGCCAAUACAAACCAUCACUACUUGUAA